AUGGCAUCCACUUCUCCAGAUAUGAAGAUUGUCAACAUUGGCACACGGCGAUCGCAGCUUGCCAUCGCCCAAGUCGACAUGAUUGUCAAACACUUGCAAACCGCGGCACCAGGACCUGAAUACAGAUCGCAAGUCGUAAGCACAAUGGCAGACGAGAACCAAGUCAAGUCAUUUCAAGACUUCAAUGCAAAAAGCAUAUGGACAGAGGAGCUGGAAAAGCUUCUGAUGGAGAAGAAGCUCGAUGUUAUUGUUCAUUGUUUGAAAGAUGUACCAACAACAUUACCAGAGUCUUGUAUUCUGGGAAUUAUCUGCGAGCGCGAAGAUCCUCGUGAUGUGAUGGUGAUCAAGGAGAACUCGGCCUACAAGUCUCUGCAAUCACUCCCUGCAGGCUCUGUCGUUGGUACCUCGUCCGUCCGUAGAAAGGCACAGAUCAUGCGUCAUUAUCCUCAUCUCAUCUGCGAAGACGUUCGUGGUAACCUCAACACUAGGCUGCGUAAGCUGGAUGCUGAGGGCAGUCCAUACUCAUGUCUUAUUCUGGCCGCGGCCGGCCUGAAGCGUAUUGAUCUUGGAUACCGCAUCACACAAUACCUAGGUCCAGAAGAUGGCAUGCUGUACGCUCCUGGACAAGGUGCACUGGCUCUGGAAGUCCGAGAAGGUGACGAGGAGACGCUACAGCUGCUGAGCUCCUUGUCACAUCAAUCAACAACAUUGGCAUGUCUUGCCGAGAAGAGUUUGUUAAAGACUCUCGAAGGCGGUUGCAGUGCACCUGUUGGUGUCCACACUGACUGGGAGGGUGACGUUCUGGUGUUGUAUUCAACUGUCACCAGUCUUGAUGGCAAACAGAUGGUAGAAAUGGACAUGAAACAUACUGUCAAGACGAUAGCUGAUGCAGUAGCCCUUGGAAAAGAGUUGGCAGACCGCAUGAUAUCACAAGGCGCAAAUGUAAUCUUGGAGGAGAUCAGAGCGGGUCUCAGAUGA